UAAAAUCCGCUUUAAAGCAGCAACCAUUUUCUAAAAUCCUCUAUUCUGUGUGUGUAAACCCAGAGAAGCAGAUUUUUCUCCUCUCAGAGCUUCUUCCUGCUGCUUUGUUCCGAUCAUGGCUUUCAACCAGUCUCCCUUUUACAACCCGAGGAUUCCUUUCACUGGAUCCAUCCAUGGAGGCCUGCAGGAGGGCAAGUCGAUCAUCAUCAGCGGACGAGUCGUUCCUGGAGUAGACCGGUUCCACGUGAACUUGCAGUGCGGUUCCAGUCAGGGGGCAAACAUCGCCCUCCAUUUCAACCCACGUUAUAAUGACGGCCACCCUUAUGUGGUGACCAACACCUUCCAGUACGGUAACUGGGGCUCAGAGGAGAGGAAGCAAAGCACGCCGUUUCACUCUGGACAAAACUUCACCCUGCAAAUCACCGUUACACGGGAUUUCUACCAGAUGAGCGUGAACGGCAGCCACUUCAUGGAUUACAGACACCGUAUCCCGUUCCAGCAGGUUGACACCAUAGCAGUCGGUGGAAAAGUGGAAAUUUCCUCCAUUUCAUUCUCCACUCCUGUGGCAUUUCCUCAGCAAGCCUUUCCCACUCAGGCUGGUUUUCCAUCCUUUCCGGGGUUUCCUCCUCAGCCUGGAUUCACACCCCAGCCAGGAUUUCCUCCUGCAAUGCCUGUUGUUCCAUAUAACAACUACAUCAGUGGCGGACUCCAGCCAGGCAGAACCAUCACCAUUCAGGGAGUCGUCCAGCCCAAUGCCACUAGGUUCCAUGUGAACCUCAGCCACCAGACUGGAAUCGCUCUGCAUUAUAAUCCACGUUUCAACGAGAACACGGUGGUCCGAAACACCAAGCAGCAUGGGCAGUGGGGCUCCGAGGCACGAGGCGGAGGAAUGCCCUUCCAGCGAGGACAGUCUUUCUCGCUGACCAUCAUCUGUGAGAACAGCUCUUUCCGGAUUGUGGUGAACGGGAUGCAGGCCCACAACUACAACCAUCGCUUCACUCCUCUGCAUAACAUCAACACCCUGGAGAUUGAUGGAGACAUCCAGCUGACCUCAGUCAUUGUUUAGAUUCUGGGUUCACUAAAGGAAACAUAACUUUUAAAACCUCACUGCUCCUAGCAAAGGAAGAACAAAAGCAACAGCACAUAGUUCAGCUUUUAUCAUAGAAAUGUUGAAUUUCUGGAGCGUGUUGUUUUAAUCCUAGUGUUUUUUGCUGCCAUCUAGUGGUCAAGUUAUAGAGAGCAACCAAAUAGAUAUAACCUGGAUCUAUUUUAGCCGUAUAAACCUCUUUAUCAUUUCUUUCAAAGAUUUUUCUUUUACCAACUAUUCUGUCUGUAUUUAACUUGGCUUUAAUUUCUCAUCUUGGCUCAGUUUGCUUUAGCUGAUUUAUGUGAAUUUACUCAGUUUGUUCUUGUUCCGUUACAUUUUAUCAGCCUCUUACUGAUAGAUAGAUAUGUUACUGUUUCAAACUGUAACUUUAAAGUAAAGAACCACCAAAAACAAGAUCUACCUUCACCCCCUCCAUCCC